CGGGUGAAGCUGUCCCCUCCUGUCCCGCCCCUGUCCCGGGUGAAGCUGUCCCCUCCUGUCCCGCCCCUGUCCCGGGUGAAGCUGUCCCCGCCUGUCCCGCCCCUGUCCCGGGUGAAGCUGUCCCCUCCUGUCCCACUCGCUGUCCCGGGUGUCCCCGCCAUGUCCCUGGGGGCGGGCGAGGGACCUGCGCACCCUUGGCCUGUGCCCGGCCCGCCCACGAAGGAAAUUUAGGGGAAAAACACGCAACAUUUGUUCUGUUAAGCCCCGCGGCAGCUGGGUGAGAAGCGCGUUCAGAUUAAUACUCCACACAGAAAGCGAGGMCGAAUAACGUGCACAUGCCGAGUACUGGAGGAGAGGCUGAAGGACAUCCUGUUUUGUUUCAGCAGUCUUGUUAUUCUUUGGGGUGAAAUGAAGAAUUUGAUUUUGUUUUGGAAACACUCAUAUUUCUGAUGCAACUGAACUUCAGUAACCUUUUUGCAGCACAGAUUUCAACUUUUUUUUUUUUUUUCUCUUGAACAAAGAUGCAGAACCUGUCGGUGGUAGAAAGUCUUGCUAAUACAGACAAAUCACACCGUGGGUCUCUAAAAGACGUGGCAGCUGAAGCAGGUGAUGUGUCUCUCGGGGAAAGUGGCUGUAACCGGAAUGAAAGGACGAGUAAAGAAGAAAUUGUUAAUCUUGGAGUAAUGCAGCAAAGCCUCCCUGUAAUGARCAGCAAAGGGAGAAGCUGCGAGGGGCUUUCUGAGAGCAGCUUUAKUACCUCAGAACCCAGCGGUUCCUGGGGCGAUUUUGAAGGCUUCAAGGAGCCCGCAGACAAAUCCGAGAGACUCAGUCAUAGCCUUGAAGUUUUGGUGAAGUCAACAGAAACUUCUGGAGCUGAUCCGGACCCGAGCAGCGGAGGCUGCAGCGCUUCUGCUGCCCGCCUGAGUGCUGAGCCACCUCUGUCCUGUGGGAUGCAGGAGGAUUCGGGCUCUGGGAAUGAGAUGGACCACAGCUAUGAGGAGAUAUUUAAGUUGAGCUUUCCAGAAGUCAUUGUAGCACAAUCCAGAGAAAGCAUCAUAAGCUUAGAGCAARUACUUGAUACAAAUAAUGAAGAUGCUGGGAUUCCUGAACUUUCGAAGAAUCAAUGUUGCAUGGAUUCUGGAAACGUGUGGAGAACGCUCAGAGACUUUGAUAAUACCCCCAGCUUAAGACAUCCCUGGAGUAAAUCUCAUUGCCAAGAAAACCUCUUGAGAGUUCUCGGAAUAGAUGCAAAUCAAAAGGACAUUCCAGAGAGCCAGGCUGACAUUUUUGAGGAAUCAAAUGCCAAAGAUAAUGAGCACUUUGGAUUUGAUGGAUUCAGUGUUAAUGAUUGCAAAACAUUGAUCCAGACCAAGCUUUCUGUGUCACCRGGCUCCAGACAUGGUCACCUUUUCAGCUGUAACCUCUUUUUGAAGACCUCAUCAUCAAAUGAAAAUGCACAGUGUAUAACAAUCCCAAGGAAGAAGCAGAUUUUCCCUACACACAACCUAAAAAUGAAAUUUUUCARUAGUGAUGUUUGUUGAACUAAAUGCACUUUUUAGAUUUUUUUUUUGUUUUGUUUUUGAACUGAAUGCAGUUUACCUUCAUUUUGUUACUGAUUUGGUACUAUAGAGUAUGGAUUUUCUUUAGGAAAGUGACAUUUUACUGUAUAUGAGGGACCUAAAGCCAUGUUAUUAGAAGAUAUUUCUCAUGUUUAGUUGUGAAGUCAAAUUUUGUAAUUUUUCCCUGCAAAGUUUUGCUGCAGAGUUGUGUCUCUUAUGGUAAAUAAGAGAUAACUUAAAAGCUUAAAGAUAACUCUGGUGGACUCUCCUCAACUGACCUUUCAGGCCUUAAUUCCUCUUCAAUCAAAAACCUGCUUUCCCUGCCAAAAUCUACACAAGUCUCAGGUGUGUUGUAACAUGUGCCUUGCCACCAUCUCUCCUACUUGCUCCAGGCUGGAUCAGCUGAGAUUUGUUACUUUGCCACUGCUAAGUGUGUAAUGAGAGAAGCCUUCUUCAUYUGGGGGCUUUCACUGGGGUUUAGCAGAAUGAAAGUGGUGUAAUUUAUGUCUGGUGAAGCCUGCUGUGGUGAUAGGGGUGGAGGCAGCAGAAUGCUUUGUUCUGGUGUUGGUUUCUGACUGAAAUAAAUCACCUCGUUGAAGCUGAUUGUCACAGGACUUGUGGGGUUCAUUCAGCCAUGCUUACACCAGGCUUGUGAAAGCUGAGCCGUUUUGUA